AUGGCUGAUAUGAAAGAUGAAGAAAAAAUAUCGGAAGAUGAAGCUGGUAAAAAAAUGAUACAAGAAGUGUUAAGGUCACAAGAUGCAGAAGCCUCUGGUAGCAAAACAUUAAAUAAUGUACAUAAUAAUAGAGAUUCAUCUAAUACAAAUGAUAGUAAAAAGAAAACAGGUAGUGAUAUGCAUAAGAUAAAUCUUAUAUCGGUUGAUAAAAAUAUUAAUAAUGAAGAGGUACGCAAAGAAAAAAAAGACUUUGAAAGUAUGGGUGAAACAAGUGAUAAUAACUGUGUUAAAAGAAAUAUUACCAGUAUGGAUAAAACAAAUAAUAGGAAUAUACAGUCUUCAAAUAAAAAUAAAGAGUAUAUAUCAGUUAUUUCUGAAGAAAAAGCACGGUUCUUUCAAAUUAAUAAACCAUCAAGAGAUAAAUCAAAUGAAAAAAAUGUAGAAAAUACUCAAAAUAAAAAGGAAAACUUAAAUACCUUAGAAAUAGGGAUAAAUCAAGAUAAAAAUACGGGUUCUUCAAAUGAAGAAGAUAAAAAAGAAACGAAAAACACUGGUAAUGUAGAAAAUGGUACUUCUAAAAAAGUCGAACAUAAGGCACAAUUUACAACUUUUAGUCCGGUUAAAAAAAUGAUUUCAGAUAUGGAACAAAAAACAAUUUCAAAAAGUAAUAUACAUGAUAAUAAUGAAAGUCCAAAUGACACAGGUUCUACAAAAAGACGAACUACAAUGAAAAAAAUUAAUGAAAAAUGUGGAGAUGAUUUAUCUAGUUGUCAAACUAUAAGUAAUGAAGAAAAAAAUAGACUAGAGGCAGUCCAAAGAGAAUGGAGAUUAUCAAGGCCAAAGAAUCAGGCAAAACAACGUUUGUUAAGAGGCUCAAAUGCUGGAUUAGGAGAUAAAAAUUUAACUCCAAUUAAAGGAAUGGAAUUAAUAUUAGAAAAAAAUUUUAAAAGUAGAAAAUAUUCUGUUUCAGAAGUCGAAAAGGAUGCACCUGGAAAAACAGUUGAUAUAAAAAAUACCACUGAUUUUAGUCCACUUUCAAUAACUAGUAGUAUAUCAAAAGAUUCUUCAAGUAUAACAAGUGGAAAAGAAACUGAUAAAUUUGUACCAACAGAAAUGUUAGAAAAUUCUUCCAAUGAACUUAGUGGAAUUAAUUGUCAUAAGUCAAGUAGAACUUCAAGUGAAAGUCAAACUGGUUAUAAAAAAAAUGAAAAAGGUGAAGAGAAUGUACUAAUUUUAUCACAAACACCUACAAUUUCUGUAACUGGUGAUAAUGAUUCAAAAUUACCAACAGUUGUUUCUAAGGAGACUGAAUAUAAGAAGAAAGGUAUAAUUUCUGGGCAAAUAGAAACAGAAGAAAUUGUAGAUGAUUAUCUUUACUCUGAUGAUGAUAAUGAUAGUGAACAAGAAAAACCAAUUGAUAAAUCUCCAGGUGGUCGUUUUUUAAAAUUUGAUGAAGAAUUAGGACGUGGAUCGUUCAAAACAGUGUAUCGUGGUUUAGACACAGAAACGGGUGUUGCGGUUGCUUGGUGUGAGUUACAAGAAAAUAAGUUAAACAAACAAGAAAGACAAAGAUUCAGAGAGGAGGCUGUAAUGUUAAAAGGUUUGCAACAUUCAAAUAUUGUAAAGUUUUAUGAUUAUUGGGAAAGUCAUAGUGCCGGAAAAAAUAAAUAUAUUGUUUUGGUGACAGAACUUAUGACUUCAGGAACCCUGAAAUUGUAUAUUAAACGAUUUAAAACAAUAAGUAUUAAGAUAUUAAAAAGUUGGUGUAGGCAAAUAUUGAGAGGACUCAAUUUUUUGCAUACCAGAAAUCCACCGGUGAUACAUAGAGAUUUAAAAUGUGAUAAUAUAUUUAUUACUGGAACAACAGGAAGUGUUAAAAUUGGUGAUUUAGGGUUGGCUACAUUAAAAAAUAAAUCGCAUGCAAAAAGUGUCAUAGGUACACCUGAAUUUAUGGCUCCAGAAAUGUAUGAUGAGAUGUAUGAUGAAGCUGUUGAUGUAUAUGCAUUUGGUAUGUGUUUAUUAGAAAUGGUGACAGGAGAAUACCCAUAUGCUGAGUGUGAUUUUCCAGCACAAAUAUAUAAAAAAGUUACUAGUGGUGUUAAACCUGAAUGUUUUUAUAAAAUCCCAGAGGAAUAUGCUGAAGUUAAAGAUAUUAUUGAUAAAUGUAUACGCUUAAAUAAAGAAGAAAGAAUGACAAUAGCACAAUUAAUGGCACAUGAUUUCUUUGCUGCUGAUGAUCAAUAUGGUAUUCGUGUUGAAAUAAAAAAUAGGGAUGAAGAAUUAUGUAAAGAUUCUACUAGUUUUCAAAUGCAAAUGCGAAUUAUUGAUCCUAAAAAACGUAAAGAAUAUAAAUUUAAUGAACAUGAAGGUUUACAAUUUACAUUUGAUUACUUAGCUGAUAAAGUUGAAGAUGUUGUUGAUCAAAUGAUUGACCAACAUCAUAUUCCUGAAAGUGAUAGAAAAGUUUUAAUUAAAAAAUUAAAAGACAAAGUUGAUGCUUUUAGAAGAGAUAAAGAAUUCAGAAAAAGUGAAUUAAAAAAUAAGGAAGAAAAAAAGAAACAAGAAGAAAAGGAAGAAACAAAUGAAGUUGUAACUAAUUUUGGAGAUAUAAAUGAUCUGAAUUCACAAAAUGAUUCUUCAAAACAAAUAAACAGACCAAUUGAAAGUACAGAUAGUCAUAUUUCAGAAUAUCCAAAUGAAUCAAAAACGGAAGUACCUGUUGUUACAAAAACUGUUAAAAAAGGAAGAUUUGGUAUUACAACGACGAAUGUUCCCUCCGCUACAAUUGAUCAAUCUUCCACAUCAACACGUUCUGAAAUGAUAGAUGAUGAAAAAAAAGAAUCUGGAUGUUUGUUAUUAGACUCAACAGAUCAAAAUAAUAAAUCUGAAACACUUAAAGUAAAUCAAAACGAAGGAGUAAGUAAAGGAAAUUCAUUUAGUGAAAAUGUGACAACAACAGAAAUUGAGAUAAAAAAUCAAAGUUAUGCCGAACCUGUGAUUCAACAACUACCCCAAAAACGUGAUACAAAAACAGAAGCACAUGUUGAUGUUCCAACACCUGAAACAUCUGCUGCAGGUAGCCGUUUUAAAGUUCAACCAACUUUAGGUGCACCUGAACCUAUGACUAUACAAAAUAUUCAAAAUUCCACACCUACAAUAUCUAAUAAAAAUGUUAAUGUUGAUCUUCAUAAUCCUUCUAAAAGUGCUAAUACUACUAUACAUGAAACGCCUAUAGUUAUUCAAGAACCAGAAUCUGAAAUUUAUGUAAGUAAAGAUAUUGAUUCUAUUUUAUCUGAUGAGUAUCAUAUUUCUCAACAUGAAGAUGAAAAUAAUAUUUCAAAACAUGCUAAUACAAUUCAUGGUUCUGUUUCACAACAAAGACCAACACCUAAUAAUAGUACAUUUCAAGAAUGUCUUAUGCCAAAAGACCAUAACUCUUCAAUUCAUGAUCUUGAACUUGAACUUCGAAAAUUAAGUGGAGUUUGUGGUGUUAAAUUAGAAGGAGAUGAUGAUGUUCAUAAAAGUCAAAUCAUUAUUGAUAAUAGUCAACAACAAUCUAGUCAAAGAUGUUCUGAAGAACAACAUCACAAUAUGCAACAAAAUCAAAGCAAUAUUCAAACCGGACAAAAUACACCGAUGACACAAUCUAUUAUUGGUAAUAGUCAAGGGCAAAUUUUAUCAUCUCAAUUACCUAGUAUUUUACCAAUUCAUAAGGAAGACGAUAAUAAUUUAUAUACUGGAUUUACUAUUAAAGAAUUAAGUUAUCUUUUAAAUAUUGCACAACAACAAAUAACUCUACAACAACAAUUACUUUUAGCAGCUAUUGAAGGUAGAUCUUCUUUUAAUCAAAUUAGUGAAAUUUCUUCUCACAAUAAUAAUUGUUAUCAUCAUAAUAACCACCAUCAUACUAAUCCUCAAGGACAAGGAUCAAUUAAAAAUGUACAAAAUCAAAAUGUUCCUCAUACAGUUCAUGCCGUUACUUCUACUCAUCAUCAAGCUAUAACACCAAAAACUUUUACUAAACCUGGUACUUAUCAAGGUACUAUUGAUGGUGAUAAAAAUAUUCAACAAACAUUAACAAAUUCUAACAACAUCAUACAACAAACAACUAAUAUGUCUUAUCAACCUAGUGGAACAUCUUCACAUCUUCAAACACCUUCUAUAUCUGGUAAUAUUGCACCAGAUUUGGCUGAUUUAAAUGAUAAAUUACAAGCAUUAUGUCAGACAGAAAAAAAAAGUGGUGAAGAUGUUAUUCAAAAUUUUAAUAAUACUACUAAUAUUCAACAUAAUGAAAUUACUAAUCAACAACAAGAAUGGAAAAAUGAUAAUGGUGUUCCACCAAAUAAUUGUACAGUAACUGCAUCAUAUAAUCAAAAAUAUACUACAUUAAAUAGUAAUAAUACUUCAACUGGUCUCCAAACAUUAGAUGGACUUGCACAAGCCUUAAAGAAUGUUAUAAAUUGUAAAGGUUUACCUUUACAACAACAGUAUUGUGAUGAUAAUAGAGAUGAUACAUGCAGGUUUUGUAAAAAUUGUAAUAAUAAAAGUUAUUCUUCAACACAGCAAUCAUUAAAUAAUCCAUUGCCUCAAGAAGUUGAAGAUGCUUUAGCAUAUCAAAAUUCAAUAAAUCUUUCUAGAGAUUUACCAUCCUGCCUUUGCAGGACAACAAAUUAUUUAUGUCAUCCACCCGAACAUUACACUGUAAUUGAUGCUGAUAUAAAUAUUAUACAAAAAGAAAUUGAUUCUUAUAAAAAUGACAAAUUAGUAAUAUAUACAUUAGAGAAACAUAAAAAAGAACUUUUAGAAUUGAGGAGUAGACAAUGUUUGGAACUUCGUGAAAUGAAACAUAUUUCAAGUUUGAUGGCAUUAAGGACAAAUGAAUUAUUGAAACAAUUAAAUAUUGAGAAGGAUGAUAAUACUAACAAAAACGAAAAUGAAAAGCAAGAAUGUUAA